AUGAUUAUAAAACGAGCACAUAUAAAAUCCCACAAUGGAACUCACGACCGUGACCCAAAAAGAUCCCCAGUCUCAGAAAAAAUCGAAGCUAGCCCUAAUUCGACCUCUUCGGGACAGACAUGUGGCGACUGGUUUGCUUGUGAUUUAACGUGCAAUUUAAGGGAGUACAACAAAAGUGACGAUUCUCCUCACUGUUGGUGUGACUGCCGAGCUCAAGGCGGAGCGGACUCUGAUCCGGCCUUCUUGGAAGAGUUAUGCGUUGACAAGACUUGUGAUUCAACGUGCAUUUCUUGGGCGUACACAAGUGACGGUUACUCACAAUGUUGGUGUGACUGCAGAUCUCAAAGCGGAGCGGAAUCUUAUCCGACCUUUUUGGAACAGUUAUGCGUUGACAAGACUUGUGAUUCAACGUGCAUUUCUUGGGCGUACACAAGUGACGGUUACUCACAAUGUUGGUGUGACUGCAGAUCUCAAAGCGGAGCGGCCUCUAAUCCGACCUCUUCGGCCCGGGGACAGACAUGUGGCGACUGGUUUACUUGUAAUUCAAUGUGCAUUUUAAGGAAGUAUGAUUCUCCUCACUGUUGGUGUGACUGUCGAACUCAAAGCGGAGAGGUUUCUAAUCCGACAUCUUCGGGACAGACAUGUGGCGACUGGUUUGCUUGUGAUUCAACGUGCAUUUUAAGGAAGUAUGAUUCUCCUCACUGUUGGUGUGACUGUCGAACUCAAAGUGGAGCGGGAUAUUAUCCGACCUUUUUGGAACAGUUAUGCGUUGACAAGACUUGUGAUUCAACGUGCAUUUCUUGGGCGUACACAAGUGACAGUUACUCACAAUGUUGGUGUGACUGCAGAUCUCGUAAGUUUUGA